GGAAGCGGCGGCGGCGGUGAAGGCGGCGGCUGUCAGAGCUGGAGGGCCGGGCACAGCGGCCAUGGAGGGUCAACGCUGGCUGCCGCUGGAGGCCAAUCCCGAGGUCACCAACCAGUGGCAGAACCAAGAAUAGAAGAUGGAUAGAAGUGUAGUUAACUGACUUAGAAUUUGGAGAAUGAAUAAACCCUAACAACAAUAUCCAUCCCACCCUCUUUUAUUUCCUCAACCUAAUGGAAUGGUAGGAUCUUGGACUCACUCUGUUACUAUCUGUUUCUCAAACAAUUAGGUCUGCAUCCUAACUGGCAAUUCGUUGAUGUAUAUGGAAUGGAUCCUGAACUCCUUAGCAUGGUACCAAGACCAGUCUGUGCAGUAUUACUUCUCUUUCCUAUUACAGAAAAGUAUGAAGUAUUCAGAACAGAAGAGGAAGAAAAAAUAAAAUCUCAGGGACAAGCUGUUACAUCAUCAGUAUAUUUCAUGAAGCAAACGAUCAGCAAUGCCUGUGGAACAAUUGGACUGAUUCAUGCUAUUGCAAACAAUAAAGACAAGAUGCACUUUGAAUCUGGAUCAACCUUGAAAAAAUUCCUGGAGGAAUCUGUAUCAAUGAGCCCUGAAGAACGAGCCAGAUACCUGGAGAACUAUGAUGCCAUCCGAGUUACUCAUGAGACCAGUGCCCAUGAAGGUCAGACUGAGGCACCAAAUAUAGAUGAAAAAGUAGAUCUUCAUUUUAUUGCAUUAGUUCAUGUAGAUGGGCAUCUCUAUGAAUUAGAUGGGCGGAAACCAUUUCCAAUUAACCAUGGUGAAACUAGUGAUGAAACUUUAUUAGAGGAUGCCAUAGAAGUUUGCAAGAAGUUUAUGGAGCGUGACCCUGAUGAACUAAGAUUUAAUGCGAUUGCUCUUUCUGCAGCAUAGCUUGUCAAUAAUAGAAACACCAAAUACUGUAUGAUUUGCAACUAAAUUUUCUCUGUCGUACACUAACUCAAACAUUUUGAUAUUUUCCUUAACUUGAUGAUUAAACUUUAUGUGAGUUAAACUUUG